AUGCAUUUCCUUUGGAUCACCUUUACAAGUUUUCAAUUUCUCAGGAGGAAUCAAUGUGGAGAUACAGUCAUCUACACCGAUUGGCAAAGCGGGAAUUAUUGGAGAGCUGUUGAACAGGAACUCGGGCACGUCAAAGGGAAGGUAGGAUGUGAGUUCGACCAUAUUCCUCUACAAGACUUCAAGAACUUCCAAAAUGCCGUCCCGGGUGCUCAGGUGAUCGACAUUGCUGAGCCCAGCAUGUUUAUGCGCAUGAUCAAAUCGCCAGAGGAGAUAGCCCUGAUCAGAGAGAGCGCUCGGGUCGGUGACAUCGGCGGGGACGUUGGGCGCGCGGCGUUGGCUGCAGGUACUCCUGAGUACGAGGUUGCAAUGGCGGCUCAGGGGGCGAUGGUUAGAGAGAUUGCGAAGACGUAUCCACAUACGGAACUGAGAGACACUUGGUCUUGGGUUCAAGGUGGUAUAAACACCGACGGUGCUCAUAACUCUGUCACAACCAGACCUUUUGUGAGUGGAGACAUUGUGAGCCUCAACAUGUUUCCAAUGAUCAGUGGUUACUAUACAUCAUUGGAGCGUACCAUGUUCCUCGACCACGCCACAGACGAGCAUUUCCGUCUCUGGGAGAUCAACUGCAAGGUGCACCGACGGGGCAUGGAGCUCAUCAAACCCGGUGUAAAAUGCAAGGACGUCGCGCUGGAGCUCAAUGAGAUCUACCGGAAGUACGAUCUGUUGAAGUAUCGUACUUUCGGCUACGGACAUACCUUCGGGGUAAUGUGCCAUUAUUACGGACGGGAGGCAGGUUUGGAGUUUCGUGAGGAUAUUGAAACAGUCCUUGAGCCCAACAUGGUUGUCUCCAUGGAACCGAUGAUAACCAUUCCAGAGGGUCAGCCUGGAGCGGGAGGCUACAGGGAACUCAACAUCCUAGUCGUAAACGAGACUGGAGCGGAGAAUAUCACACGCUUUCCGUUUGGUCCCGAGCACAACAUCGUGAAGAAUUAGGAAUACUGCCCAAGUGUGGAUGAGACUGGAGCGGAGAAUAUCACACACUGCCCGUUCGCUCCUGAGCACAACAUCGUGGAGAAUUAGGAAUUCUGCCCAAUUAUGGAUUUGAUAAUUUAUGACGCACCUUAAAAUUAAUUGUAUCACAACAUGCAAAAGAAGAUUAUUCACGGAGGCAACUAAUGCGAUUGCCUCGAUUCCCCUGUCCAUAGCAUUGGUGCCCUUGAAAUUCUCCAGUAGAAUUUGACAAUAUUCUCAUAUGGUGCCCAAGUAGAAAAUGCCUCGGUGCCAUUGCCCUUUCAAAAACAAAGCAUGUGAUCAAAUUGUCCUUUGUUUCGAGUUGUACAAAGUCCCGUUUCACCCAGAGGCCUUCGUAUGAGCAUUGCUGUUCACAGAACCGCCGUUGCCGCCUUCUGGUGAACGUAUCUUUCUUCACAUUAGUUCCCGUUUCGUCUAGAAAUGUCCCCCAGUGCUUCCGGAAUGGUGCCGAGCGCUCCAACCACCACGGGUAAUACUUUCACUUUAACCUGCCAAAUCUUAAGAAUUUCCCUGGCCAUGCCAGGUCUUUGUACUUUUGAAUCUGUUCCAUCUCCUUCGAAGCAAACCUUUUAUCUCCCGGCACAGUUGUAUCAAUGAGAUGACACAUCUUCUUUGCUUUUACAAAAUUUUCCGUUUGGGCAGUUGUGAAAGCUUAUGUUCUACUUUUCAAAUCAACUAAACAUAAUCAAACCUUUAUGCUUACCAUUAAUUGUUUAACCUAAUUAAUUGGUUUAUUUAAUUGCGUAAUAAUAGUUAUUGUUUUAUUAAUGUAGGCCUACUUUAUUGUAUGUGAGACUCGUACGAGGUUGAAAGACACGACCGUACUCACGACUUCUCUCUACUGUUCUCGCUGUACAAUGUACUGUGCAUAUAAUAUAUAGUAUACGUUGUUCGUGUAUAGCACUGCACUAGUUGUUGCCGAUUCGUGCCACACCGGCCGGGGCACUUCACGCCAACAGCCCUGAAUCAAGGCUUCUCUGAAGCUGAGUUUUCCCGGGCCCAUUCCUUUGGUCUUUCCUUUCUCCUGCUAUUAAGCACCUUGCAUCAUUGGCUCUAUAUAAAUCCAGUAAUUUUAAGUUAUUUUGGUAUUGGAAGAGCCUUUCAUAGAACUUACCUUACGUUAAUAAUGAGUUCACGAGUGAUUUU